GUCCAUCCACAGCUUGUGUCCCCUCCCACCGGCGUCUCGUUUCGCCUCGCUCGGCCACACCUGCAAGCAGACGCGGGGAAGUCCGCCCGGUGGUGGUGCAGACCCACGAACGUCGGAGAGCAGAGGCAGCGAUCGGAGCAAUUGAGCAGCUUCCGCAGGAAUCGGCGAUCCGCUGGAGGCUCGGAUGCAUUCACCGCCUGGGGUUGCCACUUCACGAGCCUUGACACCACCUGCAAUUCGGAUAGAAAGCGAACUCUGACCGGUGCAGAACACCGAGGAACAGCACGCAUCAGCCGAGUGCACAGAUGAGGCCUGCUGCCCAUUGCAGGUUGCUAUUCAUGCCUUGGACCUGGAAGCAGGACUGUGACUGCGGAUCCAUCAUUGUAUCCAGCUUGGACUAGGCAGAGCUUCUCAAGCCACCUGGGAGAUCUCCAGGUUAACAUCCAAAGUGACCCCCGUUAAACCCCUGGACUUGCUGGUCCCAGCAGUGGUAGCUGUCAGUGAAGGUGACACGGCUUGAAAGGAUUCUUAAGUGGAUUCUUUUCCCUCUGUGGUGGUGGCUGCCUUAUUUAUCAGGCUGGGAGUGGCAGCAGGAUGCCUGAACUGGACGACUUUCCCCCCCUGAGGGGACCUAGAGGCUCUGAAACGGGCCUCCACGGGCCCGCUGACCCAAUUCGGAUUCAGCACAACAUCCUGGAGGAGCAAGUGGAGCUGUGGUGGUUCCGAGAACCAGGGAAGUCUCUGCUGUGCUACUGUGUCGCUGUAUUUCUAAUCCUGGGCUGUGGGCUCGGAGGUGUUGGCCUGCUCUCCACCACCACCAGCGUCUCAAGUGAAUGGCGGCUGGGUGCGGGCACAGCCCUCUGUCUGCUCGCCUUGGGGGUUCUGCUCAAACAGCUACUCAGCUCCGCCGUGCAGGACAUGAAUUGCGUUCGAAGCCGACAGCAGAUUGACAUGCUGAAAAGCGGCGGAUUAUCUGACUUCCUUGUGGUUUUGAUUACUGGGCUGUCGCUGCUCAUUUGUGGAGGGGUUCUACUGCAUCUGGCCCUGGUGAACCAUAUGCCCAAACCGGGCCAAGCACUUAAUGAUAUGUACAUCUCUGGAGUGGUGUUGCUGACUGGAGGGGGGGCUGCAGUGGUGGGGGUUGGAAUAUACUCAGUUGUGGUCAUCCUACUGGAGAGGACACGGCACAGACAAAGGUUUGUGGACCGGAUUUUGAACAUCUUCACCAUCUCCGGACACAUGAACCACCAGGCUCGUAGAGAAACUACCUCCAGUCUGGCCAAUCUCAUAUGAGACGUAACAGCACGAUUACUGCCUCUUACAUUUGUGAACAUUUGUCCUUCACGUGAAGCUUUUUGGAAAAAUGACAAAAGAUGAUCACUCAUUACAAGAUGACACUUUGCUUCAGUUUUGUCACCAGCGGAAGCCAAACAGUAGCAAAAAGAAUGGAAAAACAGAAUGACAAGAUGAAGCACUGACACGCUAACUGCUGCUCGCCAGACAUUGUGGUCUAUGAAACACUCAUAUCGGAUCUCAUGAAUGUAGCAUUUUUGCAUCAACUGAAAAAUCAGUAUUAAACAGGGACAACAAACAUAAUUGAGCUGAGUUGAGAGACAGUCUCUCCAUCGUGUCCUGAGUCUUCCCCGAGGCCUCCUACCGGUCGGACGUGCCCUGAACACCUCCCAAGGGAGGCGUCUGGGAGGCAUCCUGAGCAGCGGUACGACUCUGAGUUUCUCCCGGAUGACAGCGAUUCUCACCUUAUCUCUUUGUUUCAUUUGCAUUAAAAAUAAGUCAUAGAUGCCUUGAAAGAGACUUUAUUGGUUAUGUACAGUGCCCUCCAAAAGUAUUGGAACAGUGAGGCCAAUUCCUUUAUUUUUGCUGUAAAACGUUUGGUUUUGACAUCAAGCGAUGAAUAUGAGACCAGACAGCAGCAUUUCAGCUUUUAUUAACAGUCUAAAAACAAUCUAAGACGAAGGUUUUAUGAAGUGAUGGAUGAAUUCAUCUCUAUACUUAUUUGCAAAUUCUAUCCUGAUCUUUCUAUUCUUCUUGUAUUUUGGUACUUUUGUAAAUGAAGUAUGCAAACUGUAGAUUUUCCUUGGUGCACCUGUUCGACGUAUGUUACAUAGUACACCAGUGGUUUAAUUCUUCUUCAGGACAUUCCAAAUGGUUGCAGCGGCUAUGAUCAAUGUUUCUGCAAUGGUUCUGAUUGAUUUUCCAUCUUCAGGUUGACAAUUGCUUGUUUUUCACCUGUAGACAGCUCUCUGGUUUUCAUGUUGUUUUCACUUUUUUUAAUGACCUUUUUUUCUGUUUUUUUUUUUCAAAUAUUUCAACUUUCCUUAAAAUAUUAUUCGUAAAUUUUAUUUUCCUAAUAUUUUGACGUUAUUCCCAUAUUAUUGGAACUUUUUUCCCCGAACCCAAUUUUCCAAAAAUUACAACUUUAUUUUGUUUUGUUUCUCAUAACAUUGAGACUUAAAAAAAACAAACCAACAUUUUUUCUUAACAUUUCAACUCUGUGCAACUAAAAUGUCAUUAUUUUUUCUCAUAAUGUUAAAAGUUUCAUAAAAUCGCAAAUUGUUUUCCCUCGUAAUAUUUUCACUUUAUUCUCGGGAAACAUUAGAACUUUUUUCACAAUCUAAUUUUCCAAAAAUUACAACUUUAUUUGUUGUUUUGUUGGUUUCUCAUAAUAUUACCAUUUUUUAAAAAUUCUCUUUCUUUAACAUUUGAACUUUAUGUGACUAAAAUGAUUACUUUUUCUCAUAAUAUCACACUGUUAUCGUUGUAUAAUUAUUACUUUCAUUGUUAUGCUACAACUUUUUUCUUUUAAUAUUUUGACUUUAUUCUUGUUAAAUUACUACUGAUUAUAUUCUGAGAAUGUGCAGUAGGCCAAUAAGAAAAAACAGCCCUGGGUGGCAAAAUGGCCCAAGGGCCGCAUUUUGGAUACCCUGGAAUAAAGUAUGUAAUGGGUCACACUUUGGCAAAAAUAGAUGUAAAUACCUGGAAAUAAAAGCUGACAUGCUGGCUCUCAUUCGAUGUCAAACCCAAAUGUUUUCAGUCUACAGCUAAAAUAAAGACAUUGACCUCACCGUUCCAAUACUUCUUGAGGGUAGUGUAUAUGUGACAAAGGGGACUCUGACUACUGAUCUUAGAGUUUUAUGAUUUAAAAUGGCUAAAUUACAGUUACAGAAUGUCCAAUAAAUGGGUCAAUAAAAUUAAUUGAAAACCUUUUUAUCAGCAUUGCAAUAUGAAUACAGUAUAUACAAACAUAACAUGGGUAGUAAAUCGUGAAGUGUUUGUGACCUGCUUUCCAACUUGAUUGUAACAUCUGUCGGAUGAACGGUGUUUUUUAAAAAAAAAAUUUAUUGCACUUUGAAUGUAUGGAUUUCUUGUGUUUUCUGUGCAUGAACUCACUUUUCCAAUUCUCACAGCAUGUUGUUUCCCCGAAACAUACCUUAUUUUGGGCUAGUAUGAUAACACUGACUGAAAAUGUUUGCUGUUAGGAAUAAUAACAGUAAUAAUCAGCCCCAAUGUCUGGCAGUGCAAUCAGCUUCACAGUUCUGUUUUAUAUUCAAGUGUAAAACUUCUUGACUGUCUAAGCCAAGGUUUGGCAACACACGGCUCUGGAUUUCUCAUUUUUCUGUCUUAAUGUUUCUGUGUCCCUUUUGAAAAUGUCAAGAUCCAUUCGAAGUUCUGUGUCAGGGUUGAGGGUGUGGCGUGCAGUUCUCUGUCGAAACGCUAGGGGGAAAGUUUUGUGGAGUCCACAAUCCAGUAAUUGACAUUUAUCGACUGUUUAGCUUGUUAGCUUCCUUCAAUUACUUUAAGUGUUGCUGCAAUGUGAGGUUCCAUUUUUUGGGGGGAGGUGGACGUCUCAUAGGUUGUGUUACCUUCAAUUUACCCGUUUUGUGGCUCAGAGUGGGUUUUAUUUUGUUGGACCCCGAAUGGCCAUUUCGAUGCUAAAGUCUGCCGAACCCCGGUCGAAGCAAAUGCUACAUGACAAAAGCCUUUUAGUCAGAUAUUGAUGGAAACACAGAACUAUAUUAUGUUAAAAUAUGUUAGUAAAGUAAAGUAAGACUUUAAAUAACCUGUGGGUGUGAAUGAUUACCUGUCUCUAUGUGUACAAUACGGGACAUAUUGUUAAAUAAACACAUCUCUGACAAUGUCAAUCAAAAGAAAUGGUACAGCUCCUAUAUCGGGUCACAGUAGAUUGCGCAGGUGUAACUACUAGAGUCAUCAUUCACAUUUCCAGAUCCUUUUGUGUGUCUGAGUCAGUAAAGUCGUCUUCAUCACACUCUGCAUAUGCUGCCUCGGGGCAAGAGAGGACACACAAUGACCCAUUGUUGCAGCGACGACAACAAAAACAGGAGGCACAGAGCACAAAGUGGUGGUCUGCAGGGGCUGGCACAGGUUAACACCAAGCUCUUUGUUGGGCACAAAAAAAAAGUUGGAGGCGGGACUUAAUGUUCUUCAUUGGUCAAAGGCGGGACUUAAUGUUCUUCAUUGGUCAAAGGCAAAUAACGUGUGAUGCAGAGCUACUUUAAUAAUGUCUAAUUUCUACUCAUUCAGACUACUUCAAAAUGUAGUGUGUGUGUGUGGGUGUGUGUGUGUGUGGGGGGGUCCUUACAAAUAAAUGAUUACCAUACAAAUAAAUGAUUACCAUACAUAGACGUUUAUUUCAUUUGUCUGUCUGCAAUUGCAUCACUGCUCUCAUUUAUACCCAAAUUUAAUGAUCAGUCUAAUGAAAGAAAGUCACUAAAACCCACUAUAAUCAAAUUGUCUAAAAUUCCGUAGCUUAGCAAAUGUUGGGCAUUCCAUGAGUCAUUUUUGAUUCUACUCUCAUAUCAUUUGAUGUGUAUCAUUCAAUUUAUGACACACAAAUAACCGGGUAGCUCAGACAUGUAGCAUUUCAUAAUAUGUUCCCCAAUAGAUGGUGGCAAGAUUGUGAUCCCAAUCCAGUUCUUGUUGUCCUCUGGGAAUUAAAAUAAAUGUAUGUUUUUUUCAUAUAAAUGACAUUUUCAUCACAUUUU